UUUUUUUAAAUGUGCUGACUUCUGAAGCGAUGCCACAGUUUGCAAGUUUGCCUGGUAUAUUUUCAUGGCUUUUGCAUGUACCAUUUCUUCGGAUAAUGUUGAUUAACUUGGAUAUUUGUUUGGGGAGUCAGCUCCCCAUGUUGCUCCUUACUUUCUCCAAUCUUUUUUUUUUUACCUCAUACAUAUGUCCUGCUUCAAAAAAUCUUUAUUUUGGGGUGGUCCCAUCUUCCAUUCAGUCAUAAAUACGAGUUCUUCUGUAAAGGCUAUCUCUUUUUAUUUCCCGUUUUUCUUGAUUAACAAGAAUCUUUCAAAGACAACCCUAACAGCAGCUGUUUUUAAUGUCUUCAUAUAUCUUAAGAGAAGAAAUGAAUCUUAAUUUGCCUCUCUAGGGUUAAGCACACUGCCCGAGUUUUACGCUGUUCAGGUCUUUAUUUUUCAGAACUGUUAAAUGACACGAUGGUGCGCAAUGAGAUUUCCUACAGAGUGUGCUCUGGGUGAGGAAAUAAUUUUGUUCCGCUCAACCAUGGGCGGCGGCGGGUCCCUCAGCGCCGCCCUGCGCUGCCGGCACUGAGGGAGCCGCCGCCAUUAGCGGCCGGGAACUACAACUCCCGGCAGCCCCCGCGCCCCACCGCUUCCCGCCGAGCUAAGAUGGCGGCCGCCAAGGAGCGUGUGGUUGGAGCGGCGCCGGCGGGUUACACGGCUCUGGCGGUGAAGUUCGGGGAGAGGCAGCGCUCGCCGCAUUACCUGUUGGUGAAGGAGCACCAGGUGCGGGAAGGAGCCGGCACCACGCACCCGUCUCGCCGCACCCUCUUCGUCCUCAACGUCCCCCCGUACUGCAGCCCGGACUCUCUCUCGAGGCUGUUCUCCCGCUGCGGCGACGUCCAGUGCGUGGACGUCUGUGAGAAGCCAGGGCCGGUCGAGAAAAAAGAAAAACUCAAGUCCAAAUUCUUCAACCGCAAGACUGUAACGGGAUUUCACGUAGCAUACGUGGUGUUCAGGAAACCAUCUGGCGUCCAGGCAGCCAAGGCCCUGUCACAGGAAGGUCCUUUGCUGAUAUCAACAGAGACUCACCCUGUGAAAACCGGCAUUAGCAAGUGGAUCGCCAGUUACGCGGCCUCGGUUGUGGAUCAGGAGGAGCUGAAGGCUGAGGUGGAUACCUACAUGCAAGACUAUGACAAAAAGAUAGCAGAGGAAGAAGCCAAAGCGGCCAAGGAGGAGGGCGUUCCGGACGAGGAAGGCUGGGUGAAGGUAACGCGGAAGGGUCGAAAGCCCGGCCUGCCCCGCACAGAGGCCGCCAACCUGCGGGUGUUGGAAAAGGAGAAGCAGAAACGGGCCCGCAAAGAGCUGCUCAACUUCUAUGCCUGGCAGCAUCGUGAGACCAAGAGAGAACACAUCGCCCAGUUGAGGAAGAAAUUUGAGGAGGACAAGCAGAGAAUCGCGCUGAUGCGAGCCCAGCGCAAGUUUCGGCCGUAUUAAGCCACGUCGAGCUGUUUCCUCAGAGGCCUGUGCUGGAGAGGGCGGGAGAGAUGCCUACGGACUCCACAUGCCAAAGGAUUUCAAGGAACUGAGGCAGCUUCAGGUUGUGCCUGCUGGAGGAGGGGGAGUUUCCUUCACUGCAGGGGUAUCCUCUUGCUCUCCCAGCCCUCCUCCAGCCCUGGGGCACCACUUCCCAGGGUGCUCGGGUCAAGGGGCUGAGCCACUUCCUGUGCCAACCUGUAUUUCCCUGCCACCCGAGGCCCUCCUAAAGCUUGGCGAGAGCUGGGACUGACCCAGCACAGCCUCUGCAGGGGCAGGGAAUGGCUGAAGAACUGUAAAUAAACUGCUGCUGGUGUUCUCACAA